UGCAUACACUACAAACAGAGAAUACCCGCGGGAGGUAGGCUAUACAACACUGCAGGGCGUUGCGCUCUUGAAUGUCACCCAGUUCUCAUCCGCAACCGGAAAACAUCGCAAGGUUUUCGACGACGUCGGUAUGAAAUAGCAGAAACUGUUUGUGUCACGGAAGCGCAAAGAUUAGGCUACGUAGUACACAUGUAUUUUGCAGAUCCAGGCCUGCCAGUGGAAGGAAACGCAGCGGAUUCAGAGGUUGUCUUACUAACGAGAAGAUAUUAUAAGAUAUUCAAACAUUCUGCUGCAUAUUUAAACGGAAGACCAGACACCGCGGUUUGACCGUUUUGGAAUUACGAACGCGUUCUUUUGGAGUGAGGUCUUGAGACAGAAGUUCCACUUGGAUGCCCAAAACACACACUUUGUCCAGAUUUCAUCAUGAAUCGGAAUAAGCGUGAAAAGGAGUUUUACAGUUUAGACGUCGGUGAUUCCACUUUUACGGUGUUGAAACGCUACCAGAAUUUAAGACCCAUAGGCUCCGGAGCACAAGGGAUUGUCUGCUCAGCAUAUGACCACAACCUCGAACGCAACGUUGCAAUUAAAAAACUCAGCCGACCUUUCCAGAACCAGACCCAUGCCAAAAGGGCUUACAGAGAACUGGUGCUCAUGAAAUGUGUCAACCAUAAGAACAUUAUUGGCUUGUUAAAUGUAUUCACGCCACAGAAGACACUGGAGGAGUUCCAAGAUGUUUAUAUUGUGAUGGAGCUGAUGGAUGCCAACCUGUGCCAGGUGAUCCAGAUGGAGCUGGACCACGAGCGGCUGUCCUAUCUGCUCUACCAGAUGCUGUGUGGCAUCAAGCACCUUCACGCCGCGGGCAUCAUACACAGGGAUCUGAAACCCAGCAACAUUGUGGUAAAGUCGGACUGCACACUGAAGAUCCUGGACUUCGGAUUGGCCAGGACAGCGGCCACAGGCCUCCUGAUGACCCCGUAUGUGGUGACCCGCUACUACCGCGCCCCUGAAGUCAUCUUGGGCAUGGGUUACCAGGCCAACGUUGAUGUCUGGUCUAUUGGCUGCAUCAUGGCAGAAAUGGUCCGAGGUAGUGUGUUGUUCCCAGGCACAGAUCAUAUUGAUCAGUGGAACAAGGUGAUCGAGCAGUUGGGGACUCCCAGUCAGGAGUUCCUGAUGAAGCUCAACCAGUCGGUAAGGACCUACGUGGAGAACAGACCCCGCUACGCCGGGUUCACCUUUGAGAAGCUCUUCCCCGACGUCCUCUUCCCAGCCGACUCGGAGCACAACAAACUGAAAGCAAGUCAAGCCAGAGACCUAUUAUCAAAGAUGCUGGUAAUAGAUGCAUCCAAACGGAUCUCUGUGAGCGAGGCUCUCCAGCACCCCUACAUCAACGUGUGGUAUGAUCCAACUGAAGUGGAGGCGCCCCCACCGUUGAUCACUGACAAGCAGCUGGAUGAGAGGGAACACACAGUGGAGGAGUGGAAAGAUUUGAUAUACAUGGAGGUCCAGGACUGGGAGGAGAGAACGAAGAAUGGAGUGAUCCGGGGACAGCCAGCGUCUUUAGGUGCAGCAGUGAGCAGCGGCUCCCAGCAGUACCCUUCUGUAUCGUCCUCGUCCGUCAACGAUGUGUCCACCGACCCCACCCUGGCUUCCGACACGGACAGCAGCCUGGAGACAGCCUCUAACACGGACCCACUGGGCUGCUGCAGAUGACUAUCACCCUGCCCUGGGCCCUGUCCCACCAGUCCCUCCGCUUGUCUUCAAUGGUGUAGAGUUUAGGCCAGUUUCACCUUUUUUUUAAAUUAUUUUUUAAUCCUUUAUAAUUUUCCCCGAAAACUACUGCUACAGAGUUAUUUGAGUUAUUUUCUUUUUGAGUCCAGGCUGUAAUUUAUUGUGGCAUAUCAAUAUUUUUUUAACGUGAGAAUGAUUUCACUACGCUGUGGUUUCGACCGCUGGUGAGAAUUUGAGAACAUCUGUAAAAGCUUUAUCAAAGCUUCUUUUUUUGUUUGUUUUUAGUUUCAUCAACUUUUAGUUCAAGAUACUGCUAUUUCAAUUGGCCAUAUUGAUGUUGAAUGAGUUUGUACAGAUUUUAUGGUAAAUAUAUUUUUUUCAAUUUGAGUUUGCAGUAAGCCAUUUCAACUAUCAUUUAAUUGAUGUCUAAUUUUAGUACUCCCCUUCAGAAUAGUAAUAUUACUUUGCCUAUUUCAUAUGGGAUUUUGUGUUUUAAUGCAUAUAUCCAUUGGAUUGAAUUUUGAGAAACUUUAGAACUGUUUUCCUCUUGUGAGUCUACUUCCUUGUAAAGAAAUCCAAGUUGACGAAAGAGCUUUCUUUUUGGUUCUCUUUGUUCUUUGUUAGUUUAGUCUUAAAAUAUCUCAAAAUGCUGUUUGAUUCCUGAACCAUUUUUCCUUUUGGUAAGAGAAGAAAUGUUGUUUCUUUUUUUCAGUAAAAAGUUUUCCGGAAUUUUCUUUCCAUAUUUCAUGGGUAUUCCAGUAUAUGAUCAAAAGGAUGCAGAUAGGUCCAGAAAGGAAACAACUCAGAAGAUGUUGAUCAUUUUAAUUUUGUCAGAGAGCUGUAGGCAGUUCUUCCUCGGCUCUGGUCAGUUAUUCUCCAGUGAUUCUUUUCUCCAGGUGGCUUUUGCUUCGACAGUCGGGUUAUGUUAAACACUAGGACAGAGAAAUAUGGCAGUGGCACUACUUGUGCAGGUGUACGCUGAGAAGCUUUGUGAGAAAUGGGAUGUGACUAGUUUGUGAGGAGGAGGAGUCCUAUGACGACUGCGCUUCGGUUCAGUCCGAACAUGGACGUAGAGAGGGCUUGUGUAUGUGGUGAUGUUGAUUGUCUUUGGAGGGAUGGAGAUUUUGCAGGCUGCAAGUGCAGAAACAAACUAUAUACAAAAAAAAAAUCGGGUCUAAUUUUAUUAACGUAAUAUAAAUAUACCUUAACGAUUUUGUUUUUACGGUUGCCAACGUGCUGUAUAUUGAACAUUUCUAAUUGGGAAAAUGAUGAGUGUAAUAAGCUGGAUCUCAGAGAAGGUAUUGGCUAAGCCCUUUGCAGAAGGUGUAUGCAUGUGUGUACUAAAUCUAUUUCGCACUAAGCUCAGUACAGUACUUCACAAAAUAAUUACUGAACCACCACGAAAUCCCAAGUUUAUCAAUGAUUCUGAACUGUAUGCAAUAAUAGUGUCCCUCCAGUGUAUGUUUUGUUUAUUAUUUUGCUUUUAAAAGGGAAAAGUGCCUGUAGUUUGUCAAUCGUUCAUUCCUGAGGAUCUAGGAAGAGGAGUAGUCGUCAUGGUGUGCACACUGUAGGUUGUUAAUGGUUUCUGAUAAGGACUAUAGUAGUUUCCACAAAUAAGUCAAUCACAUUUUGAGGCCGUUAUCAAAAAAUGCAUUGUAUAUUUUUCUACGGCAUCGGUAUGACCCCGAAGUUGGAGUCUACGUUCUGUCAAGCGGAUGAUGUAUGCUUUAGAAUAUUUUAGCACAUAAUAUACGUUUGAAAUAGUUUAAAAAAGGGGCAGUUUUAGGUAGGUCUUUCAUCAAAGUUAAAUACUUUAAAAAAAUAUAUAACAAUCACUGCUAGGCAUGUGUGGUUUGCGGCUUUACUUUGCAUAAUGAGAAUGUGCUUGAUGAUUUUAGAAGGGACGAUUUCUUUUGCCUAAUUUCCUCGGUUUUAUAUUAAACCAAAUGUAUUUGCGCUGAAUGGUAACUGUGGCAGUGUAGAUGUUAUGUGGUGGUGUUGAAUAAUUCCUGUCCUAAAUAGAGUCAUUUCAGAAUGUAAAAUGUAACCUAAUGGAUUAUUUGGCAACAUGACGCGUUGUGGAAGGGGAAGCAGAAUAACAGCCAAUGAGAUCCAUCCACUAUUAUAGAAGCUGUGUUAUAACACAAGAACAUCAUUAAUCAAGACAAGAUAUUUUGUUAUUUUGAAGUGGUCUUAAUUUUGUUAGCCCGGCAUUAUUGGGGAUAUAUUUUGGAAUUUGUAGACUUUCUUUUGAUUUUGUAUCACAUCGCUCUCUCUCGAAAAAAGAGUAUCAUCAUGAUUUUAAGUAGGCUUUGAUGAACUACCUCACUAAAUUUCAAUAAGUUCUUGGAUACUUAGUUGCCCACAUGAUUAGCUAUUGAAGACAUGUGAAUACAGAUUCCGUUAUUUAUUUAUUUGAAAGUGUACUAUUGUCAAUGUUAGGAAACUUCUAGUUUUGUACAUUAUGAAUACUUCACCUAGAAGUAAAGAUAAUUGUUUAUGUACAUUUCCUUUAAAAAAAAAAUCUUUUUUUUUUUUUUUUUUUUUUUUUUUACAGUUCAUGUGCAAUACCUUCCGCAAAAUGUGCUAGGACUAAACUAAGUGAUGGGUCUAGCCCAUAUUAGUUUGUAUGUUUCUGAAGGUAGAGAAAUGUUUGGUACUGUCAAUCCAUGUUUUCCUUUUUUUUAUGAAUUAGGAUGAUUCUCUAUGACUUUAAUCUAGUCAUGAUGUUACGUAAUCGGUCGAAUACCAGUCCAAUCUGUGGCCAGAGGGAGCAGAGAGAGGGGAGUACAUCAUGCGUGGCCAAUAGAUUUUGAUCGGUAAGGCCAAAUAAUGAUAAAUAAAAGAUAAGUAAUGCCUAAAAACAAAGUCAUAUGUAUGGUGCUGGUUUGUUAUGUUUGCUAGUGAAGCCAGCCAUGCAAGUAGUUAAGAAUUCUUGGUUCUGUGCGUCUGGGAUCACAGCCAAUGAACAGUGCACUAUUAGAAUAAAUGCAUUGGGAUCUGAUGAUACCCCCCCCCCCCAAAAAAUUAAUAAAAAUAUGUACAGCAAAUAAAAGAAACACAAUUUGA